AUGGAGACCUGGAGCAAAAAGGAGAUGUCAGCCCUUUUCCUCAGGAUGUGCGAGGUCAAAGUCCCAUCCUUCCUCAGGGAGCUCAAAGAGACAGAGGAGGACUCCCAGUCUUCACUUGUGCAGCUCUUGAAGAAAAAGAAAGAAGCCCGAGAGAUGGAAAAAGCCAUGGCAGAGAAAGAAGAGGCCUUCAGGGAGAGGAUGAAAGUCAUUGCUGACAGGUGGAGGGACCUGCACGCCAAGAGGGCCCAGCUGAAAGCCCACGUGGAGAGAUCUGGAAGCACUGUGCAGAAAUGUGAAGAGUUACGAAUCCAAGCUCUGAAGGCAGACAGAAAACAGAGAGAGGAGAGCAUGAAAAUGGAUGGUGAGCUUUUGAGAGCCAAGAUGGAACUGGAAACCCUCAGAAAAAAACACCGUAAACUCCGCAAAAAAGUGCAGAAGUACUCCAUCUUCAAGAAAUACCUGGAGGAUGUGGUGGAGGUCUCACAGUUUGAGGACAUCUCAGAAGUCACUUCAGAGUACGUGUUGCUGGUGAGGACACGGAAGGACCUUCUGCAGUCACAACAGGGGCACAAGCAACUGACUGAGCAAGACAAGGUGUUCCUGGAGCAGUACAAAGCACAGAAAGAAGCUGAGAUGCUUCAGUACAAAAAUGAGCUGGGGCAGCUCAAACUACGUAUUUAUCAGGCUCAAAGUGACAUCCCCCUCUGGGAGGCUCACUGGGCUGACAUUCAGGACAAGACCUCCCAGAAAACCGGGAAUCUGUGGACUAUCAAGCUGGCCAUCCACAAUCUUUUCCAGUCCACCAACACACGGCUGCAAGCACAGUGGAAUGUGCUGGAGCAUAACAGCUGCAGACAGCUGAACAUGAUACAGCAGUUUAUCCAAGACCUUAAAGACAUCCAGCUCUAUGCAGGAGAUGCAGAAGCACCAGAGGGUUGCUACACCUCUGAAGACAAAAAGGAUCUGGCAGCCUGA